UGAAUAAACAACAUGAUCUCAAGUCAGCUUUUGUUUGCCUGAGUGUCACAGCAGUUUCCCUGGAGGAUGUCCCUUGCUGACAGAAACUAAUGCAAAUGAUGGGUGGGGCUAUGUGAUGUCAACCCAGGGUUGAGGUGCAGACAACUGGUGCACACACUUUACACCAGAGUGAUCUCACUCUACUCAAACAGCUGACAGGAUUCACAGAUUUCAGGAGCCUUUUACUGAACUUUUGGGCAGGAAAUAAGUCCCAACAAUGGCCAACUUUGGAGGACAUGCCAUUCCGGGAUCUUUUUUCCUGCUCCUUGGUUUUUGGCUAACGGUGAAAUACGUUCUCCAAUACUACUGGAGGACAAGUCAGCCCAAAGGAAGACAGAUUAUGUCUCCUUUCUUCAAACGGAUGAACUUCUUGGAGGGGGGAUUGCUAAUCUUUGGUUCAUUCGUAGGUAUUAUGAUUGAGCAGUUUGUGGUGGAUGGGCCACAUGCUCACCUAUACGACACAGAACACCACUCAUGGGUCAAGCUGAUGAACUGGCAGCAUGGCACAAUGUAUCUGUUCUUCGGGAUCUGUGGAAUAGCCAUUGUCGCCAGGAAUUCAUCCAAACUGGUGCCGGUUGGUGUUGACCACCUUUUUCUGUCAUUGGCUCUUUUUGUUGAAGGGUUUCUGUUCUACUACCACGUGCACAUGCGGCCCCCUCUGGAUGCUCACAUCCACACCCUGCUGCUUGUUGCUGUUUUUGGUGGAUCGGCCAGCGUCAUGGUGGAGGUCUUCAUCAAAGACAACAUUGUUUUGGAGCUGUUCGGGGCAUGCAUGUUCAUCCUGCAGGGCUCAUGGUUCUACCAGAUUGGAUUUGUACUUUACCCAUUGAGUGGACCGCAGUGGGACUUGAAGCUGCAUGACAACAUCAUGUUUAUCACAAUGUGCUUCUGCUGGCAUUUAGCUGUGGCCCUUCUUUUAGUCGCCAGCACCUCGUCUUUCGUUUGGCUCACGGUGAAGCGAUUCUCAGAAAAGGGACAGGACAUCGAGAUUGGAAUGCGAAAUACAUCCUCCAAAAGGAGCUCCCAGAAAGCUUUGCUUGAAGAGUCGGAUGAAGAGUGAAUGCGGGGCUCUGACUCUUCUCCUACACUAGAUUUCAUUUUAAAUGUUGAUGGUCUACCUGCUGUUUUGUACAAUAUCAUUUCAAUUUUUUCUUUUUGUAGAAAACAAAAGAUUAAACACAAGUCUGUAUAUAUAUAAUAUAA